AAUAUUGAUGUUCCGUUGACUCUUAAUCUUAAUGUGUGCGCUCCUGCUUAGUUGGCCAUGGCUGAGUUUAUAAGCAAUGAAGUGUCAGGUUUAUCAACAAACGUGUGUAAAAUCAACCGAGUUGUACUAAGUAAAGGGGUAAGACUUCUCUUUUGAGCUCAUCCUGGUCACGUACCGCAAAUUGAACACUCGGACAACGCCUAGGAAGUUACGUAACCGAUUUUUACGUUCACUCCUCUUCUUCCGAAACACGUUUCCUUUCUGUGGAAAAUUUCGUCGAAGACUUUGUCAGGACGCUGACUUGAACUAAUGAAAUAUGUAGAUUACACCCAGUUCCCAGAGACACCAGGCCCCACGCGGUUGUCACAGGCUUCAGCGCGUGUUGCAAGAAGAAAACAGAAAGGUGAAUAAUUUCCGUUUCGCUGCAGGAAUCAGCGUUGGUCUCUAGGAGCUAAAGUAUCGAUUGUAUACGAUAUGGAGGUUCUUUCCCCACAAAACCAACCUUCUGACGAUUGGCAAUCCCUGGAUGAGUCUUGGGACUCCCGUUUGCCGACUCCAUUAGCAUUGGACUUCUCUUCACUGAGAGAUGAUGAUGAUGAAGUGAUGUCAGACACACAGAGGAGUUAUACAAAUGGCAACGCUGAAGAUUUUUACCCAAAUGGUGAUGGGUAUCAAGACCAACCAGCCACACCAGACGGUCAGCAUGUGUUAACAACAAGUAAUGGAUUCACUGAGGGAGAAACUGAAUAUCUUCAAAUGGCAAGGAAAGGUGGUGGACAUUCAGAUCUAUUAAAAGUUGAUCCUCACACUCCCACCUCUGAGCCAGUGAAAUAUGACAAAAAGGACGGACAGUGGUAUGCUCAUAAUGGAGUAGAUAUACAAGACACACAGCAGAGGAAAGAAAUGAUGACAGUGCCUAGUCGGUCACAGUCAUCUCCGGACAGUUCAGUGGACAUCGAGACAGAUACGGAAUAUCUUAAAAUUGCAAAGAAAGGUGGAGGGCAUAAAGAUUUAUUGACAGUGGAUCCUCACACACCUACCCCUGAACCAGUGAAGUAUGACAAGACAGACGGACAGUGGUACACUCAUGAUGGAGUAGAUAUCAAAGAGACGCAGCAGAGAAAAGACUUGUCUUUAGCUCUUGAUGGAUGGGAACUCAAUGGGGAUGCAGAAUCUGCAGCAGGAGGAAAGCAAACAGGAUAUCUUGACCUGGCCAAGAAAGGUGGAGGGCACAAAGAUCUGUUGACCAUUGAGGAUCACACUCCAUCCCCUGAGCCACUGAAAUAUGAAAAAAAGGGCGGAGACUGGUAUAACCAAGAUGACAUGGUCAUCAAAGAUGGUCCACAAGAUACUGGAGUAGUGCAGAAGCGUCGAAGGACUUACAGUGACUCUUUAGCUGAGUGUAAAGCUGAAACGGAAUACUUAAGGACUGCAAGGAAGGGAGGAGGGCAUAAAGAUCUUUUGACAACAGAAGCCCAUGUGCUUACUCCUGAACCAAUCAAAUAUGAAAAGAAGGACGGACAGUGGUACACUCAUGAUGGAGUGGAUGUUAUAGAGACUCAAGCAAGGAAAGAAAUGGUUACUCUGCCUAGCAGUCCACGCCCAUCAAGUGCCGCAAGCUCUAUAGAUAUUGAGACAAACACAGAUUAUCUAAAGAUUGCCAAGAAAGGUGGAGGACAUAAAGAUCUGUUGACAAUAGAUCCUCACACACCCACCCCUGAACCAGUGAUGUUUGACAAGACAGACGGACAGUGGUACACUCAUGAUGGAGUGGAUGUCAAAGAGACACAACAGAGGAAAGACUUGUCAGCAAACAUAAAUAGUCCUGGUCACAAUGUAGAUGAAAUUGUAGCAGCAGGAGAAAACAGUGGAGACUACUUGAAGCUGGCAAAGAAAGGAGGCGGGCAUCAAGAUUUAUUAACAAUAGAUCCUCACUCACCCACCCCUGAACCAGUCAAAUACGACAAGAAGGAUGGACAGUGGUACACUCAUGAUGGGGUGGAUGUAAAGGACACUCAACAAAGAAAAGGUAAUUUUCUAUUUUACAAAUAUGAAAAGAAGGACGGACAGUGGUACACUCAUGAUGGAGUGGAUGUUAUAGAGACUCAAGCAAGGAAAGAAAUGGUUACUCUGCCUGGCAGUCCACGCCCAUCAAGUGCCGCAAGCUCUAUAGAUAUUGAGACAAACACAGAUUAUCUAAAGAUUGCCAAGAAAGGUGGAGGACAUAAAGAUCUGUUGACAAUAGAUCCUCACACACCCACCCCUGAACCAGUGAUGUUUGACAAGACAGACGGACAGUGGUACACUCAUGAUGGAGUGGAUGUCAAAGAGACACAACAGAGGAAAGACUUGUCAGCAAACAUAAAUAGUCCUGGUCACAAUGUAGAUGAAAUUGUAGCAGCAGGAGAAAACAGUGGAGACUACUUGAAGCUGGCAAAGAAAGGAGGCGGACAUCAAGAUUUAUUAACAAUAGAUCCUCACUCACCCACCCCUGAACCAGUCAAAUACGACAAGAAGGAUGGACAGUGGUACACUCAUGAUGGGGUGGAUGUAAAGGACACUCAACAAAGAAAAGAAAUGGUAACAGUUGCAAGUAGUCCUCGACCAGAAAACAGUUCAAUGGAAGUUGAAACAGAAACACAAUACCUUAAAAUUGCAAAAAAAGGUGGAGGGCAUAAAGAACUGUUGACAGUUCAACCUCACUCACCCACCUCUGAGCCAGUGACAUACGAUAAGAGAGACGGACAGUGGUACACUCAUGAUGGAGUGGAUGUGAAGGACACACAACAAAGGAAAGAAUUAGCCGUAACUCUUGAAGCCCAACAUGGCGCAGAAAGUCUAACAGCCGCUGGAGGAAAUAACAGAGAUUAUCUUGACCUGGCAAAGAAAGGAGGAGGGCAUACAGAUCUGUUGACAAUAGACCCUCACUCACCCACCCCUGAACCAGUGAGUUAUGACAAGACAGAUGGACUGUGGUACACUCAUGAUGGAGUGAAUGUGAAGGACACACAGCAAAGAAAAGAAUCAACUGUGUCAGUUGAAGAUCAGAGGAACAGUGAGGGUCUGGUGGCUGCGGGAGGUAAUAACAGAGAAUAUCUUGAGUUGGCAAAGAAGGGUGGAGGCCAUGAAGAUCUAUUGACAAUAGAGCCCCACACACCCACCCCUGAACCGGUCAAAUAUGACAAGACAGAUGGACAGUGGUACACUCAUGAUGGAGUGGAUGUCAAAGAAACACAACAGAGAAGAGAUCUGUCCGUGACUCUUGAAAGCAUUCCAGAAGAUUUGUCAGCAGCUGGAGAAAUCAAUGGGGAAUAUCUUAAAAUGGCAAAGAAAGGAGGGCGCAAAGAUUUGUUGGCAAUAGAACCUCACACCCCUACCCCUGAACCAGUGAGAUACGACAAGAAGGAUGGGCAGUGGUACACUCAUGAUGGAGUGGAUGUCAAAGAUACACAACAGAGAAAAGAAAUGGUAACAGUUGUCAGUAGUCCUCGCUCACCAAACCUGGACACAACAAAGGAAGUUGAGACAGAAACAGAUUACCUUAAGAUUGCCAAGAAAGGUGGAGGGCACAAAGAUCUGUUAACCAUUGAACCUCACUCACCCACCCCUGAACCAGUAAAAUACAAUAAGGAGGAUGGACAGUGGUACACUCAUGAUGGAGUUGAUGUCAAAGACACACAACAAAGAAAAGAAAUGGUCACAGUGUCAGCUAGUCCACGCCCAGCAAGCACAGAGAGUUCUGUAAAUAUUGAGAUAGAAACUGAUUAUUUAAAGAUUGCCAAGAAAGGUGGAGGGCAUAAAGAUCUAUUGACAAUAGAGCCCCACACACCCACCCCUGAACCGGUCAAAUAUGACAAGACAGAUGGACAGUGGUACACUCAUGAUGGAGUGGAUGUCAAAGAAACACAACAGAGAAGAGAUCUGUCCGUGACUCUUGAAAGCAUUCCAGAAGAUUUGUCAGCAGCUGGAGAAAUCAAUGGGGAAUAUCUUAAAAUGGCAAAGAAAGGAGGGCGCAAAGAUUUGUUGGCAAUAGAACCUCACACCCCUACCCCUGAACCAGUGAGAUACGACAAGAAGGAUGGGCAGUGGUACACUCAUGAUGGAGUGGAUGUCAAAGAUACACAACAGAGAAAAGAAAUGGUAACAGUUGUCAGUAGUCCUCGCUCACCAAACCUGGACACAACAAAGGAAGUUGAGACAGAAACAGAUUACCUUAAGAUUGCCAAGAAAGGUGGAGGGCACAAAGAUCUGUUAACCAUUGAACCUCACUCACCCACCCCUGAACCAGUAAAAUACAAUAAGGAGGAUGGACAGUGGUACACUCAUGAUGGAGUUGAUGUCAAAGACACACAACAAAGAAAAGAAAUGGUGACAGUUUCCAGCAGUCCACGUCCAACAAACUUGGACAGUUCAGUGAACGUCAAGACAGACACAGAAUACCUCAAGAUUGCAAAGAAAGGUGGUGGGCAUAAAGAUCUUUUAACAAUGGAGCCACACACUCCGUCUCCAGAGCCACAGAGAUACCAGAAGAAUGGAGGAGACUGGUACAAUCAAAAUAGCACAGACACACCAAGAUCCUCAGCUCCACCAAGUCCACGCAAAAAUAACAGCGAUGACAUAGACUACUUAAUCCUGGCCAGGAAGGGCGGUGGACACAGUGAUUUAUUGACAAUAGAGCCCCACACUCCCACCCCAGAACCAGUCAAAUAUGACAAGAAGGACGGACAGUGGUACACUCAUGAUGGAGUCGAUGUAAAGGACACACAACAGAGAAGAGAUCAGACACCUAGUUCUCGUCGGAGUCCGCGUAAAAACACAAGAGACUCAAAACUAGACAUCAACACUAAUACAGAAUACCUUAAAAUUGCUAGGAAAGGUGGAGGGCAUAAAGAUCUGUUAACCCACACGCCAUCUCCAGAACCACAGAGAUAUGAAAACAAGGCAGAUCAGAAUAACCACGAUAGUGUCGAUGGAAAUAAAACACGAGAUAGGAAAGGUUCCCAUCAUCAAAAUGGUGGCUCCUCGGUACAAAUAAAUACAGAAACAGAAUAUCUAAAAACGGCAAGGAAAGGGGGAGGACAUAAAGACCUUCUCACAAUCGAACAUCAUAAGCCCAGUCCCAAGCCUAAGAAACAAGAGAGUAAGUUAGGAGACUGGUACUACCAAGAUGGAUCUGUUGUUAAAGAGAGGAAAGAAUCUCCUUCUAGUAGUCCAAGAAAGACAAGUGCUGACAAUUCACCAGCCACUACAGAAUACCUGAAAAUGGCCAGGAAGGGAGGUGGGCGUAAAGACUUGCUAAUGAUGACACCAGACAAAGCCAGUCCUAGUCCCAAGCCUAAAGAAGCCGUGAAACGAAAUACAGAUUCAACUCCAAUUAGCAGCCCCAGGAAUGGAAAUGGCACAAGUAGAGACUCGACGGACUACCUCAGGCUUGCAAGGAAAGGUGGCGGACAUACAGAUCUUCUAAGCAGUGCUCCACGGCAGGCUGCAGACAGUUUUAAUGCAGUGGAUAGUCCGCGGAGAAAAGAACCCAGUACAGACUUUUCGCUUAGAAGGAGUGCAAGUAUGCGACAUAGAGGUCCUGUAUCUGAUUAUCUUAGCACAGCUAGGAAAGGAGGUCAUCACAAAGACUUGUUAACAAUGCCAGAAACGAGUAACUUCAAGCGAGAUCAAGAAUCACGCCGUAGUCUGAGAAGCUUUAGGAGCCCAGUGAUUUCUCAAGUGGAUGGACCAUCUAGACCCAGGACAGCGGAGCCUCGCCAGUCGCAUCCAAUUUGGUUGGGAGGCUCUGGGCCCGAGAGAACGCAUAGUCCAGGAAAAAGAUUUAUUAAUCAGAAUUCAAGAUUUGCACCAUUUGCUUACCAUGAGGGGUCCCCAGGGGCUGCAAAGAAUCCCGACAAGAUUUAACAAAACAAGAGUCCAAAUUUUAUCACGCUGACAACCAGAAAAUGAACAAACGAUCCAGGCAACAAUUUAUUUAUAAUAUAAUGUAAGUAAGGUAUGCUAGAUAGUUGAUAUACUUGAGGUGUUUAGAGGACUAGUAAUAAUAAAGUGAAGUUUACAGUAAGAAGAUUUAGAUGUAUUUAGGUUAUCAGGCAAUUUAUAUAAAAUUUCCUAGUAGCAAAUGAGUCUUAGUUCUAAGCAUAUUGAUGCAAUAUUUAUUUAGUUAGAUAAUCAGUACUUGGAAAGACAGAUUUUGUGAUCUAAACAAGUUGUCUUUUAAUGAGGAUUGAAUGGAAAUGGUACAAGUAUUUAAUUUGAAUCCAAAACAAUUUUAGGAAUUGCAGAAUGUUUGCCAUCCAGGGUAGGGAGAGGUUCAUUUGUAAGCUAUUCGUUACAGUCCCCUUGGUAAUUGUAACAGACCAUUGGAUAAAUUUUGUUUUUAAAUGUAUGCAGAUAUGAAAUUGUAUGUUCUGGCACUUUUAACUUUUCGUUUAUCUUGAUUCUUUAUUCUUACUCUCUUGAAGUAACCGGCAUCUCUAUAAACUCUCUUUUUACACUUGUGUUAAACACACCUUUAUUCGUACGCAGAUUGAGUAUCGCGCUUUUGCCUUCUGUUGUUUGGAGUGAGUGCAUGAAAGCAAGUAGUUUUGUUUGAUCGUGCGAAUUUGUACUUUUCGUUUCGCAAGGAAACGUCAACAGAAUCAACGAGAGUCCGAACUUUGGUGUUUGCCGUGGAAAGUGAUGUUUAGUUUUGGUAAAUAUAUAUAUCUGAUAUUUAGGUUGUAGACUUUUCAUAUUUUGUCACAUUUUAAGUACAUAUUUACUGAGAGCGACUUUGCUCCAAGUCAGCAAGAGUCAAGGUUUACACGCAUUGUUUCAUUGCUGAUUAAACAAGGCUAGAUAUGCGAAUCUGAAUAAGGGUUGUCGCCAUUUGUUAAUGUUUCCAGUCCGUAUUUGUAAUGUUCCUAGUUUACAAUAGUGUAUCAUCAUUAGACGUAGAGGAAUAGUGAAGGCCAUUUUUGGUUAAUAUUUCAGGUUAUGUAACACAGUUAAUCUAGAUAUCUUGUAGGCUUUUAAAUAUUUGCUUUAAUUAGCUAAAUAUGUUAAGUUGAUGUCUCUAAUGAAUCAAGACCUAGCUACUAUGUUCGUAGUUUUAUGAAGUUUUAAGUAACCACGUCCGAAAUAAAAUGACAUUUUUAACAGGUUAAAUACAUGUAGUAGAGCAUUGUGUCAGAAACCCCAAGGAGCUAACACUCACAUGUUUACAAGCUGACCACACCCCUGGUAUUUCAAUAGAUAUUGGUUUGCUGUAAGCUGCGGAAAACAUGUUGAAGUUGUGAAUUAGGAAGAAAGUAGUAAUUAGGCUAAAACCACUUUUGCAUUAUUUUAAAAAGUUAACAUUUGCGUUGCGCAACUUACGAGAGAGACCAAUAUGACCUUAGUGCGUCAAGGAAAUCUGAAGUACAAAGCACGUAUAGAACAUGUUUAGGAAUAAGUAAGAACUGAUAGGGAAUAAAAAAGAAAUUCAGUAGACUGA